AUGUUGACCCCCGAGCAAAUUUCAUCACAAAAUGAUCCAAAUGUGUCGAUUCACCGUUGGGAUUUCUCGAGCUCCUUAAAAAUUGGCCAAUUGUACAAUGCAUGUAAAGAUACGGCCAUCGAUGAGUUUCCGUGGAAAUCAGACAUCCGAGACGAGGUCACGGCAACUUUCUUUGAGUCAGAGUGCUUUUUCGAGGGAACCAACUCAAACAUUGUUCGGCUAUUGAACAUUGAUCGGGAUCAACAGCUCAGUCUUCAAUCGGAGAUUUGUCCAACAACAAAUGUGGGUCGACUUCUUUUUGAGCCUCGAAGUUCGGCAUUCCUGAUCUAUAAAGUGAGCAGAAAGAUAGAAAAGCUGGAUGUGAGAAGUGAAGGUCUGAGAAAAGGUUGGGUCACUCCCCCGAAUCGACAUGCCACAUAUCUUGUGAAAGAAAUCGAGUAUGGAGCGCUUGCGGUUCUGCAGUUGUGCUUCACUGAUGGAACGAAUGGUUCCGAUGAAUUGCAAAAAAAGCUGAGAUCAAUUCGUGAACACUGUGAAAGCAAUUCUGAACUGCCCGAGAUUCCUGACAACAUGCAGCUCAAUUUCCAUUGUGGAACCAAGUUUGCUACGAAUCAACUCGACGCAGCCAUCUCGAAGAUGAAAAGCUUGAAAUCUUUGCAAAACGAGUUACACAAAAGUGGAGUGAAAUUAUUGGAAGAUUCUAAUGCCCUUAAGCGACUGGGUUCUCUGAAAACUAUGAUUUUUGUGUGUGGUGCCUGGAAAACGAUGAGUGAGCAACGAGAAACAUUCGCGUCUCUUAUCAAAAAUGGAACAAUUUGUGCGUUUAUCGAUCUCGAUUUGCUCAAGGGAAUGUCUGGUGCUCCGACUAAGCCCGAAAUUUACAUUUACAAGGAAGGCACAUUCUUUCCAUCACAAGAC